AUGCAAAGGUAUCAACAGUCGGUUCAAAGCGUUCCUGCAGCAAACAUCUUAUCAACCCAGAGACCAACCAACUACCAAACAACCAAGCAACAAUGAACUUCUCCAAGAUCUUCAUCUUUGUCGUGCUGGCAGUGCUGCUGCUCUGCAGCCAGACGGAAGCGGGACGGCUGAAGAAGCUGGGAAAGAAAAUUGAGGGAGCCGGCAAGCGAGUGUUCAAGGCAGCAGAGAAGGCCCUGCCGGUGGUGGCAGGCGUUAAGGCGCUCGGUUAGAGCGUCAGCAGGAGGAUGGUUCUAUUCGUGCUUAAGACAACGGCUCUGCUAAGAUGACAUGGCAGAGAGAGAGAGAGAGGGAGAGAUGAAACAGCUUUAACAGAUCUGUGGGCAAGGGGGGGAAAAGUGAUAAAAUUAUAGCAUGUAGUAAACAGAUCUUGACUAGUUCGGCAAAUAAAUUUCACUUCUUAUCUAACUGCAA